AUGGAUAACCCAUAUCAAAACGUAGCGCAUUUCACAAGAAUGGAGAUAGCUGCAACUGACAUUGUUGAGCCCUCGAAGUUAUUCGCGCCUCCCACACAUGCAGUCCUGUCGUCAAGAUCACGAUGCAUAUUUGUGGCAAAUCCACUGACUGCACAUUCGCUACUUGGUAUCGAUAGUGAAGUGCCUAGUGUGUCCUUUGCUGGUCACGUCGAUUGCUUGCGUCUCAGCACAGAUGAGAGGAACAUCGCGAUUGGUUCAAAUGAACUCAUAAAACUUAUUGAUUUAGCUAGAGGUCGUGAGAUUCGAAAUCUCUCCGGACAUUCUUUGGCGGUACGAGCACUUGCACCUAGAUGGAGCAGCGUGUACUCUUGGGUUUCUGGCUCCCUUGAUUCAACGUGGAUAAUCUGGGAUAGUCGCUCACAUCCUGCUAACGUCCUGCAAGGUAGAGCUGCAGGACCCGUGCGAUGUGUUGAGCUCAGCCCUGAUGAUAUUAUACUUGGGGUAGGAACCGAUUCCACGCUGCAGCUGUUUGACAUCCGGCAAAGACUCAGUCUGAAACAGUUCCCGUCAUCGACUCAUGGAGCUGUAUUCCAUCCCUCGCAACGCAUGGUAGCCACCUAUGGAACUGACCGAGUGGUCAGAUACUGGUGCUUGGACGAGUUCAUCUCUAUAGCCAUGUCCGACGCAUUCGCUUCCGAGAUCCGUUGUGCGCGAUUCGUGAAUUGUCAAGGGAUCGAUCCGUUACUGGUCGCAUCGACAGAUGAGCUCAUGAGAACUCUCACAUCAGAACCGUGCGAGACCUUGGCUGUUAACACCGUUGCAGACUCGAAAAAGGUACUCAAUAUGCAUGUGACUUCAGAUGGGAUUGGCCUGAUAUGCUCGGGUCCAAACGCUGAGGUGUCAUAUCAUGUGUACUCCAUGGAGGAGCUUUUAUGUGGAACUAUGAAGAGUCCAGAGUUUUCGGACGAUGAUGAAUCUCUAUCCGAAGAAAUGAUUCCGUUAAACGUGCGCGAAAACUCACCAAGCAGCACAUCAUAUCAAGAAUCCCUUUGCGCUUCUCGGAUGUCGCAUGUGGAGGACCCAACAUUCGUCACACACACGCGAAAUAACUCGCUGCCCAUUCGAUCAUCGUCUUCUGAUAGAAAUACGCCAAUUUCUACGAGAAUUCGUUCUCAAAAGAAUGGCAAUGAUAAGCGGACAAAUUCGGAGAGAAAUUUGGUCUCACGUCCGCGUAGUCCGUCAGUGCCAGCGGUGACCAGUGUGGACAAUUCUAGAGUACGCGAAACAGCCGGCUCACGGGUAACUAGUCGCAGUAUCUCACCUGCGAACGGAGUAACAAUAAAGGAGGCGCCAAUUACUCCGUCUCGGUCGCAAGACAAGGCUUCUCGCAACACAAUGAGCUCGAGGCCACCUCGCGAAUCGCGACGUGCUGUGCAUGUUACGAAUUCUAACGAACCAGCAGUUCAUAGAGAGAAUUCUGCUCAUGGACUGCUACUAAACGAAUUUGUUGCCAAAAUGGAAAAAGAACACUACAUGACUGUUAUGCAAGCCGAAAAAACUGCGCUUGGUGUGCACCAGCUUGCAGCAUCGCUCAAGCAUGGCGGGAUUACACAAAUGUUGAAGGAUGGCAUUUUUGCGGAUGAUUUGGCCGUCGUGGCUAUGCUGCGCAUGUUCAACGAGAAGAAACGCUGGGACAUCAACAUAUGCAACAUCUAUUUAGAAAAACUCAAAGAUUUCUUAUUUGACAAUACUCUACCGGAAAUAUGCCGUCAAGUAGCGCUGUCUUCUCUGCAAUGUAUUGCGACGACUCUGUUAGACUCACUCCGAAGUUGCGCUCGUGCACCUCUUAGCUCGAUAGGUGUGGAUGUGGCCGCUGAAGAACGGAAAGAGAAAGCCGAAAAUUGCCUUAAGGAACUGAGGGAUCUCCGUGACAGACGUGAGCAGUUUUAUCGACGACUUUCCCAAGAAGAUGUGUAUAGACUAGAUGCCAUAAUGGUCUUUUUGAAACCACUGUAGAUACUCUCGAUUUUAUGAUUUCUUGAACGCUCAUUUGACCUAAGUCGAGUUGUGCUUUGUUGUUCACUUACAUGAGGCUAUAAUGCAUUGAUCUCUUAUAAUCUUUCCCAUAGCUCGUGAUUUCCACCAGAUCGACUGUUUACUCCAAUUGACUGAUUCCUCAGAGCUCAUUCUGCAUGCUUGGCGUCGUUAUUUCAUUGUGUUGUAUCGGGUUACAGUGCUUUAUGCCAACUGUGAUAUUAACUUUAAAGUAGUAUAAACAUUUUCUUGUGC